CCAUAAAUGGGCGUCUCUCUUCGUCACUAUGCCGGUUUUAGACGCUUUUAAAGGACAACCAGGCCUGGUCAUGCUGCCGUCUUACCGAUGUCUUCACCAAUCUCUGUUAGAUAUUUCUCAUAUCCACUUAUAUUUGCCAAUGAGGCAUCUUACUGUCCCUGAAGCAAGUGCGGUUCAGGUCCGAAGUGUCAGGUACAGUAGAAUUCCGUACCAUUAUGAUAUUUUCACCCUUUGGGUAUAUAAGGUUCCACCCAACCCACUCCUGAAGUCUUUUCUAUUAUUCCAAUACAGCAUAUAAUCUACUCUCAUAUAUUUGCUUCUUUCUGUCCCCCUAUCCAAGCUUCCAAACUCAAUAGGCAGCAUGGCGGCAGAAGGUAUUGUAAUGCCAGGGCAACAUGCCUCCACCACAUUCGAACCUAUAUCUAUCGACCGCACCAACACACGGCAAUCAGGACUAGGCCGUUCUGCAACCCGCGAGUCGAAAAAGGAAGUCAGAGAUCCGAAUUUGGAUAUCAAUUUGCCAUAUCGAACAUUGAGCCGAAAUGCAAACCUCCGCGAGUACACCCACGACGAGCCGGAUGGAGUAACAGAGACUGGAGUUUCCGCUGAUGGCACCCCAUAUUCCGUCGUCGCCUUCACACCAGACGACAAGGACAACCCAAAGAAUUGGUCCAAGGCGAUGAAGUGGUGGUGCACGAUGUGUGUGGCUCUCACCUGCUUCGUGGUAGCCUUCAAUUCCAGCGUUAUCACAGCUGAUAUCGAGGGGCUCGCAAAAGAAUUCAACGUUUCUGAGGAGGUCGCUCUCCUGUCGAUCACCGUCUUUGUUAUUGGUUUCGGUGUUGGACCUAUGAUAUUCGCGCCUCUUUCGGAAAUCUAUGGCCGUCGUGUCAUAUACGGCUCGACUCUCCUCGUCGCCGUGAUCUUCAUUAUUCCAUGCGCCGUCUCAAAGAAUAUAGCAACACUCAUGGUCUUCAGAGCCCUCGACGGCAUCGCCUUUUCUGCUCCCAUGACUCUUGUUGGAGGCACCCUGGCUGAUUGCUGGAAGAACGAAGAGCGCGGUGUUCCUAUGGCUGCCUUCUCGGCUGCUCCCUUCAUCGGCCCCGCAAUUGGUCCCCUCGUUGGAGGAUACUUGGCUGACGCCAAGGGCUGGCGCUGGCUUUACUGGAUCCAGCUUAUCCUUUCCGGUACUGUUUGGGUGCUGAUCACCUUCACCGUUCCCGAGACAUACGCGCCAACCAUCCUCAAGCGCCGUGCUGAGAAACUCUCCAAAUCUUCCGGAAAGAGAUAUGUCACCGAGCAAGAUCUCGAUAUGCGCCCAUUCUCUGACCGCCUCCUCAACUUCCUCAUUCGACCAUUCCAGCUUCUCUUCGGCGAACUUAUCGUCCUGCUCAUCUCCGUCUACAUGUCCGUUCUCUACGGUCUCCUUUACAUGUUCUUCGUCGCCUACCCAGUCGUUUACCAACAAGGCAAGGGGUGGGAUGCCGGCAAGACAGGUUUAAUGUUCAUCCCUCUCGCCGUUGGCGUCCUCUGCUCUGCCGCCUGCGCCCCACUUGUCAACAAGCACUACCUGACCUUGGUCAAAAAGCACAACGGCAAGCCUCCCGCAGAGACCCGCUUAAUCCCCAUGAUGGUCUCCUGCUGGUUCGUCCCGAUCGGUCUCUUCAUCUUCGCCUGGACCUCCUACCCACACGUCUCCUGGGCCGGACCCGCCUUCGCCGGCUUCCCCGUCGGCUUCGGUUUCAUCUUCCUCUACAACGCCGCCAACAACUACAUCGUCGACUCGUACCAGCACCAGGCCGCCUCAGCGCUCGCCGCGAAGACGUGUAUUCGUUCCUUCUGGGGUGCCUCGACGGUGCUCUUCACCAACCAGAUGUAUGCCCGCCUCGGGUAUCAGUGGGCUAGUUCGCUGCUUGCGUUCUUGGCGCUUGCGUGCUGUGGUAUUCCGUUCCUGUUUUACUUCUAUGGAGCGGAGAUCAGGGCCAGGAGCAAGUACGCCUACUCUGGGGAUGAUGAGGAGACGCAGGAGACGAAGGUUGGGAAUUGAAGGGAUAGGUUUGUUGGAAGGGGAGGUGGUGUAUGUAAUGAUCGGGUUUGGUGGGUGACCGUUCCCUGAAGGAAAGCUUUUAUAUCGGCCUUUGUUCAAACCUUUAGCGGCACGAGUACAGAGUGGUGUUUGUUAUUUUAUUGCAUAUACCUUUAUCUAGCGCGGUACCUUGCGAGACACCUAAUAUAAUUUUCCUAUAUAUAAACAAAUAAAUUUCCAUAA